CUGAAUGAAACAAAGUAACCAAUCGUAUCGUUUUGGUGACGUAAUUUAUAGCUACAGUAUAAAUACAAGUGACUGUCUAGAUUUCCGUUCAUACGUUGGUCAAUCUUAGAGCGGUUCAUAGCUAUUGCUGAACUAAGUGACUGUGUGAUCUUUGCAUUAAAUAAAACAGCCCAAUUAACUAUUUUACAUUUUUCUUGUUUGUGAAAGAAAAGAAGACAACACUUCAUCAAAAUGCGUGAAUGUAUCUCUGUGCAUGUUGGACAAGCCGGUGUUCAGAUUGGUAAUGCCUGUUGGGAAUUGUACUGCCUUGAGCAUGGAAUUCAACCAGAUGGUCAGAUGCCAUCAGACAAGACCAUCGGAGGUGGAGAUGAUUCAUUCAACACCUUCUUUAGUGAGACUGGUGCCGGAAAGCACGUUCCACGUGCCGUUUUCGUCGACUUGGAACCAACUGUCGUCGAUGAAGUCCGUACUGGCACCUACCGUCAAUUGUUCCAUCCAGAGCAAUUGAUCACCGGUAAAGAAGAUGCCGCCAACAACUACGCUCGUGGCCAUUAUACCAUUGGCAAAGAAAUCGUUGACUUGGUGUUGGACCGCAUUCGUAAAUUGGCUGAUCAAUGUACCGGAUUGCAAGGGUUCUUGAUCUUCCACUCAUUCGGCGGUGGCACUGGAUCCGGUUUCACUUCAUUGUUGAUGGAACGUUUGUCCGUCGACUAUGGAAAGAAAUCGAAAUUGGAAUUCGCCGUCUAUCCAGCUCCCCAGGUUUCGACUGCUGUUGUCGAGCCAUACAAUUCCAUUUUGACCACGCACACCACAUUGGAACAUUCGGACUGUGCAUUCAUGGUCGACAAUGAAGCCAUUUACGACAUUUGCCGUCGUAACCUUGAUAUCGAGCGUCCAACGUACACCAAUUUGAAUCGCUUGAUUGGUCAAAUCGUAUCGUCAAUUACCGCUUCAUUGCGUUUCGAUGGUGCUCUCAAUGUCGAUUUGACUGAAUUUCAAACUAACUUGGUGCCUUAUCCACGUAUUCACUUCCCAUUGGUUACAUACGCCCCAGUCAUUUCAGCUGAAAAGGCCUACCACGAACAAUUGUCGGUCGCUGAAAUUACCAACGCUUGCUUCGAGCCAGCCAACCAGAUGGUCAAAUGUGACCCACGUCACGGAAAAUACAUGGCUUGUUGCAUGUUGUACCGUGGUGACGUUGUACCAAAGGAUGUCAACGCCGCCAUUGCAACCAUUAAGACCAAGCGUACAAUUCAAUUCGUCGACUGGUGUCCAACUGGUUUCAAGGUCGGUAUCAACUAUCAACCACCAACUGUCGUUCCAGGCGGUGAUUUGGCUAAGGUUCAACGUGCCGUGUGCAUGUUGUCCAACACCACUGCCAUCGCUGAGGCUUGGGCUCGUUUGGACCACAAAUUCGAUCUUAUGUACGCCAAACGUGCAUUCGUCCACUGGUACGUCGGUGAGGGUAUGGAAGAAGGUGAAUUCUCCGAAGCUCGUGAGGAUUUGGCAGCUCUCGAGAAGGAUUACGAAGAGGUUGGCAUGGACAGCGGAGAAGGUGAAAAUGAAGGUGGUGAAGAAUAUUAAACAGCAAAGCGCUGAAUUUGAAUGCCACAGUAUUCAAAAAAAAAAAAAAAAACAAUAAAAAACAACGCACGCUGCUUUUCACAAGAGAAAUGGAAUUGUCAAGGUUCAAUACUCUACUAUUGAAGUGAAACAGAUUCAAUUUUUAUUCUUUACAACAACGGAAAAACACAACAGAAGUAUUAAUAUUCACGAAGAUCUGAAUAAACAAUGCAAUAAAAAAACAA